GUCUCACACACUUCCCCUAMUAAAAGCUGAGAGGACAAACAGGAUAUUUGAUGCUCCACAUACACCUUUCAUACCAACAUACAAUUAACUACCUCAUAAACAGACAUCAUUGAUCUCUGUACUUCUGACAGAUCAAUGGAGAACACAUCCCAACCCUUCCCACCUGUGUCCAACACCUUCUACCUCAAUCCCUCCUCCAUCUCUGCCAUAACCACCUUCCCUGUCUCCCCCCUCUGCCCCUCCUUCACCACCCGCUUCAUCCUCCCCUCCCUCUACACCCUCCUCUUCCUUACGGGUCUCCCGGGCAAUGCUCUCUCUCUCUGGGUGUUCCUGAGGCGUAUUCCCACCCAGACCUCCACCCAUGUCUACCUGUUCCACCUGGGCCUGUCCAACCUGUGCCUCUCCCUCACCACCCCCUUCCUGGCAGCCUACUACUCACAGGGUCCAGUUUGGCCGGCGUUGAGCCCCCUGUGCCAGCUGGUCCUCCAUGGGGUCACCCCCAUUCAGCAGAUCAACAUCUACAUCAGUGUCUUUAUCCUGACCUGGGUGGCACUCAGCCGCUUCGCCACCCUCAUCCAGCACACCCACGCAAGCCGCCCCAGCACCUGCACCACCUUGCUACCCCAUGCCUUCUUCACCAGGCUGAGACGGGUGAGGUUCGCCAAGGCCGUGUGCGCCUGGGCCUGGGGGAUGGUGGUGUUGGCCACAGUACCCGUGACAGUUUACUAUUCAGUGAAGGAGACGAAGGUGGAUGUAGGGAGUGAGGAUGGAGAGAGAGGAGGAUGGGGUGAGGAGAAGAGGGGGAGGGUGUGUUACAGUGUGGCAAUGGAGAUGGGGGGAAGCCUGUCGAGGGGGGCGAAUGUGGUGUCCAUUGUGAUCUUCUUCAUCUGUUUCCUGCUGGUGCUGACAUCGUAUAUGGCGGUGGCGAGGCAUAUAUGGAGGUCGCGUCGGUGUGCCGUUGUCAACGGUUCCCAGAGACUGCUGGGAAGAGUGUUCCGAAACAUCGUGGUGAUCCAGGUGGUUCUGAUAGUGUGCAUGUUGCCUUACCACAUCUUCAAGUCCAUCUUUAUCUCCCUAGUCCAGCACCAAGCUGACCCAGCCACCACCAUUAUGGGGCCCUGCCAUCCUCUCUCUGCCAUCGUUGAGGUCAAGAACUUCCUGCUUUGUCUCACCACGCUGAGGAGUUCGGUCGACCCGGUGAUGUACUUCUUGUUGGACAAGACCUUCCACAGACAGGUCAUGUUACUGCUUAGGCUCCACCCACAGAAGCCCAGCAGCCAAUCAUCCGGCGGGGCCACCACGCAGGUUACCACCAGAGCCAAUCCAAUUGGUGGGAGGUUGGAGGUUGGUGUCAUAGGGGUCAGGGGUCAUGGAAAGAGUUACACUCUGUGAACUGGAGUCAGUGAAGAAUUUUUUGGGAUUUUGCUAUUUUACAGUCAGUAAAGAUUUUUUGGGGAUUUUGCUAUUUUACAUUGACCACUUUAAUCACCUCAUUCAACAACAUUCCUUCAUUGACCAGAAGAAGUGAGUCCAAUACUUUUACCGUGUGGUGCUGUUUUUUCACUCCCACUAUAUUCAAAGAGCACGUUGUAUAUUUAUGAGCGAGAGAGAGAAGGAAUGUGUAACUGAUAUGUACACUACUGUUCAAAAGUUUGGGGUCACUUAG